AUGAGAAAUCUCAGUUGCGUCUAUCGCGAGAAGGCCCGUAAUCGGACGCGCAAGGUCAAACCGCGAACUGCAGCUUAUGAGACUAUCAUGUCUCACGACGCCAUGGAGAGCACGUCUCUGGAACCAUCCGAUGAAGGAACUGUGCCACCGACGCCAAAUGCCGACGACACCGCAUCUGUCGGACCUACAGGAUCAGUAAUGGACAGCGAACGCAGUUUGACACAUAAUAGUGUUGCUGCGACGCAUCGCGCAUCACCCUCUUGUUUCCUCCAGCUUUACUAUGGCCCCUCAUCGAAUUUUGCCCUGCUCAACUCAAUCUAUCACCAAAUAGCAGGGACAUGCCCAAAUGAUCCUCCGUCACGCUCUGGAAUUGUCGAAGAAGUUGGUCCGGCCAUCGAGAUCCGCCGCGAACUACAUCAGUUUGCAGAGCAACAACUCAAGGAUAUGAAGUUUGGACUUGUUGGAGACCCCAGCACAGGAGAGCUCGGCGUGUGCCAAGCUAUGGUUUCAACAAUGUAUCAUCAUACACUCCUAUUAACAUUCCGCCCCUUUCUCAUUUUACGAGCAAAACUGAAUCACGACCGUGCUGCUGCUACUUCAGCAGAGAAUCUACAGAUGCCUCCGCCUUGGCUCGAUAGCGCUUGCGAGUACUGCUUGGAAGCAGCAAGAAACUCUGUUGGCUUCUUAACGGGCUCAAAUCAGGAUAUAAAGUAUCAUGGCUUCUUUAUGGAGGGAGCAUGCUAUGCUUUGGCUUUCGAUAUGCUUCAAGAAAAGAAGACAGCUCACCGCAAUCUGCCCUGGAUUCACUCUGGUCUAAGAUGCCUUCGCUCCAUGAUGGGAUCAGCAGGAGUAAACGCCGGUCAGCUUCCAAUAACAAUCGCCUCAAUAGAGCAGAUGGUCCGAUCUGCCGGGUUCGAACUGAAAGAUCCAGUAGGCACGAAUCAGCAGAAGCAGGCCCCGCAGUCCACGCUCCCCGGAUCACCAGCACCUGUCUCUGUUGCAGGUGGUAUGAGGAGCGAGCCUGCGUUCACCUUCCCUUCCAUGCCAUUCGGCUUUGAUGUCACUGGUCAGAUGAAUGGCAGUUCGAGCUCUCCUGCAGGCGCUGCAUCGGAAGAGAUGGCAGAUUUCACAGCUGCUGAUGUUGGAUGGGAUAUUGAUUUUGGAACUAUGAAUAUGGAGGCGUUUUUGUCUCUCGACUCGGCGGAGGCUUUCAAUUUUGCACCAUGA